CAAUACUGCAACAGUCACACUACACUCGGGAAAAGCACUGGGACUCAGUGAGGUGGUGAGAAACAGUCAGAGAGAUGCAGGAAUAUGAUAUUAUUGUCCUCGGAACUGGACUUAAGGAAUGCAUCCUGUCUGGUUUAAUGUCUCAAAGUGGGAAAAAGGUCCUUCACAUUGACAAGAAUCCUUACUAUGGAGGAGAGAGUGCAUCCAUUUCUCCCCUUGAGCAGCUGUACAAGAGGUUUAAGGUUCCAGGUCCUGCUAAGUCUAUGGGCCGUGGAAAGGAGUGGAACAUUGACCUUAUCCCCAAAUUCUUUCUUGCCAACGGUGAGCUGGUGAAAAUCUUGGUGCACACUGAGGUCACUCGGUAUCUGGAUUUCAAAGUAGUUGAAGGCAGCUAUGUGCACAAAGCAGGCAAAGUGCACAAAGUACCAGGCACGGAGGAAGAGGCUCAUGCUUCAGAUCUGAUGGGCAUGUUUGAUAAGAGAAGGUUCAAGAAGCUGCUGCUCUUUGCGCUGAACUUUGACGUGAGAAAUCCUCGGACUUACCAGGACAUGGAUCCUAAGAGAACAACAACACGGGACCUGUUCAGCCGCUUUGACCUGGGACUGGAUGUCAUGGAGUUCACAGGUCAUGCCAUAGCCUUACACAGCAGUGACAGUUACUUGGACCAGCCGUGUUUGGAAACCAUCACACGGAUCAAGCUGUACUCAGAGUCUCUGUCCCGCCACAGCACCAGUCCAUAUAUCUACCCUGUGUACGGCCUGGGAGAAUUACCACAGGGAUUUGCCAGACUGAGCGCAGAGUACGGAGGAACGUUCCUGCUGAACAGAGCGGUGGAUGAGAUUGUGAUGGACAACGGCAAAGUGAACGCUGUGAAAUCUGAUGGGAAGCUGUUCCACUGUAAACAGCUCAUCUGCGACCCGAGCUACGUUCCUAAUCGAGUGAGGAAAGUGGGGCGCGUGAUAAGAGUCAUCUGUUUGUUAAAUCACCCAGUUAAAAACACCCACGAGGCCAGCUCCUGUCAAAUCAUCAUCCCUCAAGCACAACUCAACAGGAAAUCAGACAUUUACAUAUCUGUGGUGUCCUAUGCCCACAAUGUGGCCUCAGAUGGGGUGUACAUCGCCACAGUGAGCACGACUGUAGAGACCAGCAACCCAGAGAAGGAAGUUCAGCCAGGGCUGGACCUUCUGGAGCCCAUCAUGCAGAAAUUUGUUUCAGUCUGCAAACUGCUCGUUCCCAAUGAAGAUGGGAAAAAGAGUCAGAUUUUUGUGUCUCGCUCAUAUGACGCUACAAACCACUUUGUGAAUGAGUGUGAGGACAUCAAAGACAUGUAUCACCGAAUCACAGGAGCAGAGCUCUGCUUCGGAAGAUCCAGACACCAGUCUCACAACUCCGACGAUAACUGAGAAAGACUUGCAACGCCAGGACCAAAUGGGGAGCCAUAAUGACUUAAUGGAUGAUUUUACUUCUGCACAGCUGUAAAGCUGAGGGUGUUAUGUAGCAUGUAGAGUAAAUUAAUUGUGUGUACUAUGUAACUGUUGGGUGUUUUUUUCCCUCUCAUUUAUUUAAUUUCUCCUUUUGGUGAACAGUUUGGAAAACAUCUUAUUCUUCUUUCGACCCUUGUAAGUUUCAUUCUUUUGCAUCUGCAUUGUUUUGGUAUGAGAAAAAGUACCCUGUUACCAUCAACACAACCUUUUUUUGUGCUACACAGUUCUGAGGUUUUAUUGUUCACACCAUCAAAGCCAAAUCCUGAGCACAAUGGCUUUGUGAAAAUCUGAAAUAAGCUUCUUACAUAAUUCCUGUCAUCUUCGCCUAACAACUCAUCAACUCUGAGGUAGCUGAAUGCAUCAUUUUACAUAACUGGACAAAGAUUUAACUGGAGCCAGUGUGACUGGAAAUCUUCUUGUUUUUUCCUUAAAGCAUCAAUCAGUGGCACAAACGUUCAGGUGAAAAGUAAUUAUACAGCUCUCUGGGCAUGUGGCGCAGAGGCAGAUGAUUAGAGAUGAUGUGCAGAGGAUUUGUGGAUUCGCUUAUCUAUGGAGCUUAUGUGUGAGAAGGACAAAGCCACUGAAUGAUGUCAUGUGCUGCACACAGGCAGCUUGUUGGCGGCGGCGCUGCUGGGGGCAGAGGACGCACGGAGUAAAGAGGCUUAGCCAGAUGAAGGACAGUCACUACCAACACCUUGGGUGGAGGGGCUGGGACAUACUCAGACCGGAGAA